AUGAGUGGGGAAACGCCGAAAAAAGUUACCUCGGCCGAAGGAGAUUGUUUUUUGUGUAAGGAUAAAAUUCCCAGUCUCAAGGAGAAAGUGAAGAUCUUUGGCAAGAGUGAAUUGCAGAUUGGUGCGUUAAUUCAUCGCGCACUUGGAGUCGAUUUGGGUGUUUAUGUCGGCAGCGAGAACCUCGCGAUAUGUCGCUUGUGUUAUAACAUGUUGAAUGCCUACAACAAGGCCUUAAAAAAAGUCAACCAGAUCGUCGAUGGUAUCAAGCAGAAAUUUGAAAGUAACGGACCUCUCCGUAUCAAAAGAUUAUCAAAAGAUUCAACAAAAGCGCCGGAGGCAAGGAAGAGUUUAAGUUUUGACUCCAACCCGUCGGGUGAAAUUUCGCAGGGACCACCAUUACCAGUAAGCUUAAAGCCUCCAGAUAAUGUUUGUGUGUCUGCUUUUACAAAGCUUCCGCCGGUUUUUGGUUUUGGUGCCAUUAGCCCAAUCGCUCCACUCUCGAUUUUUCGAGCACCAAAUUGUGUACAGUCGUCGGGAAUUGUUGGUCCUAUGCAGUUCUGUCCUAUGUCGUCCUCAACACCAAAGACGCCGCGCGAGAUUUCAGAACGAUCGAUCACCGAAACGAAAGUAUAUCUUUCCGUUGAAUAUCCCAGCAAAACUGUGCGAAAAGGAAUUAAACGAUGACCUUGCAGUUCUUGGAAAGGCGAUUGCCUCCGGUUUCGAACAGCGCAUUGCCAAAGCAAUACUGAAGAAUGUUAAACUGAAGAAAAUUGUCGUGGAAAAAGUUCUCCAGCUAAUGACGUCGCAAAUUAAUGGUAUCUGUAGCAGAAAACAACCUUCCAUGUUAAGAGCCAACACAAAGGAAGAGAUUGUAAACUUCGAUUUCGAGAAACUGUGUCUUGAAUGGAAAGAAAGAGCGCCUAUCUUCUAUGCCUUUCUAAUGACAUGUGCUACAACUACUCGAAAGGAGAUUGCUCCAGAAUGGCUUCCUAGCAUAGCAGUCGCAGGGUCGAUCCUGUUAAAGCAGCGAAACUCACACAUGAAUGGCUGUGCAACAGUUCUUGGAAUCCUUAUCAAAUCACGAUCUUUGGAGGUAAGACAAGUCAUAGAUUAUUUUGCAUCUACAAGGGCUUUUGAAAGUCGAGUUAAAACUAACUUGAUUAAUUGUUUAAUAUUAAUUAAAUCAGCUGUAAAAGUGUUUCAUAUAGUUUUGUUUCAUACAGACAUUUAUCAGUUACACAUUAGAUUUUGUUUGAAUCAAGGGUUAAGGAAGGUGAAUUCUUUGUUUUAUGGCUAUCAGUGUGACGAGGGGUCUUGGCAUUGUUAUUCUUAAUUAUUCAUGAACCUUCAGAUAUUAAUAUUUCUUAAUACUUGUAGAUUUUUUAGGACAAACAAUAUAAUCAAAAUUUUGAUCUCUUGCUCUUUUGUUACAAGGCAACCUUUGGCAGAUUAUCCAAGAUGAAGGUCACCUGUUCAGCCGCAAAAGUUCGUGCAAAAUUUGAUGUGUUAGGUGAAAAUCAUGGUCAGGAAAUUCUGGACUUACAAAAGAAAAUGUCCAAUGAGGAGGAAGUUGUACUAGAACACACAAGGAAGGUAGUGGCAAUUACUGGCAGUUGCAGUUCAAAUGAACAUCCAUGUACCCAGCAGUGUGCUGAUGAUGCUACAAAAGCCAAAUUUGAACUAAAACAAGCUAAGAAGAACAUGCAUCCUGGUUUUGCUAUUGCGUUUGAUAAUAUUGAUGGAAAGCGUGAGUGCAGACAUAUGACCAAGGACAACCAAAACUUGGAUUUUCAUUGGGUCAAUCACAAGAUAAUAAUGAACAGAGUUUCUGGAGGUUGUCUUGAGACUUCACCAAGGGACAUUACUUCCCUUUCAAAUCUUAAAUUGUUUCCCACUGUUGACGAUCAGAAGUUUCAGCGUUACAACUACACAAUUUUAGUAUCAAGAGUUCUUGUGGAGCAUUUAGAUUGUUUUUCAGCUCUCAAGGAUGUGUGUGUAUUCCAUAUUCCUCACAAGUAUUCCAAUGAGAUGGCCAAAAAGUCAGAAGUUGUAAGUUUUUCUUUUUUCCUUUGGGUACUUUCAUGUUGCUUUCUGCUUUUGUACUGAUUUUCAAAGUUUUCCCCUUUAAUAUCUGCUUUCAUGCAUCAUGAAUGAAGCAAUUCAAUUUUAGUCACAACAAUUACUUGUGACUAUUUAACUGUAAAUGUGUGGCCACAUCGAAAUAUACAGUUGCACCUCGCUAACCCACUGAAAAGCCUGGUGGUAAUAGAGGGGUUUGGAACACAGGACUAGGUGUGAAAUUUUUUAUGUAACUUCCAGAUAGUUUAGUACCAGAAUAAUAAGAUUGGUAUAGAUGUUUCCUGUAGCCAAGUAAAUAAUGUGCACAGCCUCUGAUAUCAUGUAAAAUAUUAUACUGUAUAUUUCAAUGAAAUUUCCUGUCAAAUUAUACUCUCAUGAUAACAUAACUGCGGUGUGAAAAACAUUUAUGGGGGACUAUUAUUUGAGUAAUAUACAACAGGAUAAUUAAUUUGCUUUGAAUAAGCUAAGGCUGAUUGAAAGAGCAAGUAAGUUCUGAGUUUCAGCUGUAAUAAGGUAUUAUUUUCCCCUAAAGUUUCAAGUGAGUCACUUUCCUAUUUAGUAAAGCAAUGGCAAUGAACAAUAACAAAUUAACAUAGGAUUUUAAUGGUGAAUUUUAAAUGUGGUAAUGUCAAUAAAUUAUUCAUUUCAGCUUCCAAUGGGUGUGUUAUUUAAAAAUGAAAACCUGACUGAAGACAUGAUUGAUAUCCUGCGACAUUUCCAAACAUACCUGCCUACUGUAACUAUUCAAGGCGAGAAGAAAUUUGCUAGUCAGAUAUGCACGGGGGAUCAGCUAUCUGUUGAAAGAGCUGUGAAUGCAAUACAUUCAGUGUCCAAUGGUCAUACAGCUGAAGACCGCCUUGAGGGGUUUACCAUGCAGCUUGGUGACUGGCACACAGGGGUCAAGAUACUUGAGGUAAAGAAUGUGUGCCUUAAAAAGUGUGAAAAUUAUUAUCACUAAGAAUGUCUUACCACAAAAGAGAGAAUAUUGGUGACCUUAAACUUGCAAAGAUGCAUGACCUGUCCUAACUGUUUGAAAAUAUACAUGUAUCCUAAACUUCACUCGCAUCUAUCAAAUCUUAAUUACAGUCAAUAACUGAUUAAAUCCAUUUGAAAAAGAUUCCUACUACUACUACUUUACAUUUAAAGCAGCUGCUUGCUUAUGAUAUAAUCCUUCCCAUCAUUAAUAUUUAUCUAGGCUCCAUAUGGAGUACUAAAGUGGUGAUGUCAUAGUAUUUUGGGGCAAAUUGUAUCUGAGAUAUUAGCCACUUAUGCUCUGAAACUCUAUACAAACCCUUCUAAUUUUUUGGGGGAUUGACCCAAGAAAAAUUAGAAGGGUUUAUUUGGAGUUUUCUUAACAUAACUGGGCUAAUAUCUCAGAGGCAAUUUGCCCCGAAAAGGUCAUUAAUUUUUUGGCAAGUAGACCUGUUGGGUAUUGUUCUUUCAAAAUAUCCUGACAAAACCCAUAAUUUCCGAAAUUUAAUUUUUAUGAUGUCACCACUUUAGUACUCUUUUGUACUGUAUGUAGAUUUUAUCCAAAACUAUAUCAAUACUUUGUUAUAAUCAUUGUAGAAACCAUUAUUGUAACAUUGUUUUAUAUGAUUUAUUUGAAGUUACUAUUUCGAAGAUUUUACUCAGGGAGUUCUUCAGAUGACCAUUGCACCCUAUUUGCAGACAGAAACCUUAUUAACAGGAGAAAUGUGAGAGAGGAUCCACACUCCGCCUACCGACCAGAUAGGGAUUUCUUGAUUUUAGAGGUGAAAGCCAGGAUUUUGGCAGCUGCAUUCCAUGUUCUUGGCUUAAAAAGCAAAGACGAAAAACCACUGCAUUACCCUUUCCCAGAGGACCUUCCUAACUGGAACAAAUUGCAAAGGCUCCAGUUCUUACACAAAGCUGCUGGCAUGAUUGUGGAUGAAAUUGUUAUUGAUGAAGCAAUGAUGAAUGGUUCUUUGCAAGAACUGGUGUCAGAUGAGGAAAGAAGGGAAAUUCAAAGAUGUUUGGAUGUUAAUGAGGAUGGCCGUUUCCCUUGUAGGUUUCCAGGGUGUAACACAUCCUUCAAAUACAAUGGCAAGAGCAGGAGAAGACAUGAAUUAAGUCAUGAUCCACCAGUUGUAAUAGAAGAAGUGACAACCACAACUUCAUCCACAACCACAGACCAGGCGUCCAAAAGUAGUGAUGAUGUUUUUAAUUACAAUGCUGCACUUCUCUCAGAAGGACUUUUCUUUAUGAACUUUUUGGAUGCUGUCUCAGAAGGGGAUGGCCAGCGGAUCAUGAGACAAUACAAGUAUCUAAUGCUUCUAUGUAAAGCAGAUGACCCACACAGUACCAAGUAUGCACUGGAGAGCCUGUACCAGCUGCUCUUGGUGAAUGGUUUAAGCCAGAAGGAGUCAGAGAUCUUUGUGUGGAACAGGACUGUUAACAAUCAUGGAGGUCUUGGAAACAACAUUCCACAUGACCUAGAAGUGGAGCAUAGUAACAAUUUCAACAAGCAAGGCUACUGUAACAUUGGAGCAAACCUCUCAGAGAAGGCAGUAUCAAGAAUCUCCCAUGCUGAGAAACCUGUCAGGAACAUUAGUGGAAAGGUGGACAGACUUCUUCAGCGGUUUAUACGCUCAGGAAAGCAUAUUCAACGUUUUCCUGUAGUUGACUUAGAUGUACUGUUGAAAAAGCUAAAUGAAAGUGAAGUUUUCAAAUACCAAGAGGGUCGCAGCUACAGGCAUUUCAAGGGUUUUGAAAGAGAUGCUUUGGUAAACCUAGACAUGUCAAAGAUGUAUGCAUGGUUAAAUGAUCACAAAAAAAAGUUUUCUUCAGGUGUCAAGGCUAGGUAA